AUGGUGGGCAUUUCCCUAACGGUGAUGUUCACGCUGACGCUAAUGGGAAUCUCCCUGCCUGAACCUUGUGGGGUGCCCAUGCGAUGUGGCGUGGGACGGCUCAUGAUGCGACAUACUGCCAAGUUGCAAAGUCACAGGUAUCUACCUGCUUCAGCGAUUCUGAAGUUGUACUAUGAUGUUUCCGUUGAAAUGGAUCUCACUCAGGUUUUGGUGCAAUCACGUGCUUUGUCGUAUUGCUCAGGAGAUGCACUAUACGCUUUGAAGAAUUCAUUGCAUGUUCCAAGCACUCGCUGGACUGAUUGGAAUCAAAACCAUACGUUGAAAGGAAAUGGCAUAAAUGGUGAAAUACCUGAAGAGUUUGGAAAUCUUUCAAAUUUAAACAGCCUGGACUUGGAAAAAUCAUUUAACUGGUCAAAUACCACUUCACUUGGUAAUCUAAAAAAGCUUCAGUUCUUAACUUUGAGUCAAAACAACCUAAAUGGCACUAUCCCUGAGUCACUUACAGGUCUUUCAAACUUGAUCAAUAUUCAGCUUGAUUCCAAUAAUCUCAGCGGCCAAAUUCCUGCACGUUUAUUCCAAAUUCCUAAGUACAAUUUCACAGGAAACCAUUUGAAUUGUGAUAAAAAUCUUCCCCACCCUUGUGAAUCUAGGAGUAAUGAUUCAGGCGGUUCGAAGAAGCCAACUAUCGGAAUUAUAGUUGGGAUUAUUGGAGGAUUUCUUGUUCUUCUUUCUGGAGUCCUUCUGUUUUUCUGGUGCAAGGCUAAACAUAAAGGCUACAGGCGUGAAGUAUUUGUAGAUGUUGCAGGUGAAGUCGACCGAAGAAUUGCAUUUGGUCAAUUGAAAAGAUACUCGUGGAGGGAAUUGCAGUUGGCUACCGAAAAUUUCAAUGAAAAAAAUGUCCUUGGACAGGGAGGUUUUGGAAAGGUUUAUAGAGGGGUCCUUGCUGAUAACACAAAAGUUGCUGUGAAGCGAUUAACUGAUUUUGAGAGUCCUGGGGGAGAUGCAGCUUUCCAACGUGAAGUUGAGAUGAUAAGUGUGGCUGUCCACAGAAAUCUAUUACGGCUGAUUGGCUUUUGCACAACACCAACAGAACGUCUUUUGGUGUACCCAUUUAUGCAAAAUUUGAGUGUGGCCUAUCGUCUACGAGAAAUUAAACCUGGGGAACCUGUUUUAGACUGGGCUACAAGAAAAAGAAUUGCCUUAGGUGCAGCACGUGGGCUGGAAUACCUACACGAACAUUGCAAUCCUAAGAUCAUUCAUCGGGAUGUGAAGGCGGCUAAUGUAUUGCUGGAUGAAGACUUUGAAGCAGUUGUUGGUGACUUUGGCCUGGCCAAAUUGGUUGAUGUGAGAAAGACUAAUGUGACGACUCAAGUUCGUGGGACGAUGGGCCACAUAGCACCUGAAUACUUGUCCACUGGGAAAUCAUCCGAAAGAACAGAUGUUUUUGGGUAUGGGAUUAUGCUCCUGGAGCUUGUAACAGGUCAACGUGCAAUUGACUUUUCUCGCCUAGAAGAAGAAGAUGAUGUCUUACUGCUUGACCAUGUCAAGAAGCUCGAGAGAGAAAAGAGACUGGAUGCUAUUGUAGAUCACAACCUUCAUAAAAGUUACAACAUCCAAGAGGUGGAGAUAAUGAUUCAAGUUGCGUUGCUCUGUACACAAGCAUCACCUGAGGACCGUCCAGCAAUGUCAGAGGUUGUACGCAUGCUGGAAGGAGAGGGGCUGGCUGAGAGAUGGGAAGAGUGGCAGCACGUUGAAGUUACUCGUAGGCAAGAGUACGAGAGGCUGCAAAGAAGAUUUGACUGGGGGGAAGAUUCCAUACACAACCAGGAAGCAAUUGAAUUAUCAGGUGGAAGAUGAGGUAACGGAUUUGAUUUGGUGUGACAAGCAUUUAACUGUGUUACAUUAGGCUAGCUUGAUGUUUCCUUCAGCUGAUAUAAUUCUAAUGCCAAAAGUAAUGGCGUGGAAAGAAAGGGGCAAAAAAAGGAAACAUGCCUUCAUAUUUUUGUAUAUCAUAUGUUCGUAGUAGCUCUUCCCUUUUGUUCCUUGUGUAAUUUAAGUUUUGGUUAAAUUUUGCAGCCAUGAGCCAACUAAACGUAAGGAAAGAGCUCUUAUUCUGUAUAAGGAAGUUUUUUUAAGUGAUAUUGGAGAUCUGCUGGGUUGACACCAGUCUGAUAUUUUUAGCUUGUGCUCUUCACAAGGACAUAAGAAAGACAAAUUCUGGUUUUCAAUCAUGUUUAAAUUAUGCAGAAAGGCUACCGUUUUGUUA